CUGGAGUCCCCGGCGCCGUCGCGCAGGUGCCUCCGCCGGGGUCGGGAUGGAGCUGCCGGCCGUGAACUUGAAGAGGGGUUGGCGCAGUGACUUAACUUCGGUCUGGGGAGUGUGGACCUUGGACUGAACCAGCCAUUUUGGGUCUUGGUAAAGGCACCUUGAGACAGGACCUUUAGACUCCCGAGUGUCUGAGACCAGAGUGACUGAAGAGAUAGAUGGCCGUGGGGCAGCGAUGUGACCCCCCAAUUGGGUGAUUACACAUUCUGACAACAGCACAGUGGACAGAGGGAGGAUUUGGGGACCAAGUUUCAAGGCCAAGCUUUGCUAGUUAGUAGCUGUGUGACAUGGAGUAAUUCUCCUGGUUCACUGGCUGCUGACAACCUGGGGCUGCAUUGCAUUCUCUGGCUCCUAUGCCUGGAGCAACUUCACCAUCCUGGCCCUGGGUGUGUGGGCUGUAGCCCAGAGAGACUCCAUUGAUGCCAUAGGCAUGUUUCUUGGUGGCUUGGUGACUACUAUCUUCCUGGACAUUGUCUACAUCAGCAUCUUCUACUCAAAGUUUGCCACUGGGGACACUGGCCGCUUUAGUGCCGGCAUGGCCAUCCUUAGCUUGCUGCUCAAGCCCUUCUCCUGCUGCCUCGUCUACCACAUGCACCGUGAGCGAGGGGGCGAACUCCGCCCCGGUUUCUUUGGGCCUUCUCAGGAACGUAGUGUCUACCAGACGAUUGACUCUCCAGACUCACCUGCAGAGCCCUUUGCAGACCUAGAGGACAGGGGCCAAGCUGUUCCGCGGGGGUACUGAGACUGCUUUGUGCACCUGGCCCUAGCUGUGUGGCUUUCCUGGUGCCCAGCAGAAUGAUCCUCUCUCCCUUUCCUGGACCUAAGAUGGAGCGUCCCCACCUGAAUCAUGUGCCCUUGGGAGGUCAGGAGCUCCUGGGCUCCCCAGCCUGGGAACACCCCAGUCCUAACUCUCCAGGCCUCCCUUCUCUUCAAGGUACCUGCUGGUCCCCAGGCUGGAACUAUGGCUGCUUUCUUCAUCUCCUGCCCCAUAACUAUACCAUGCCCCUGCUGAUCUGAGUGUGACAGGGUCAGGCCUUAGGGCCAAUGAUGGCCACUUCCCAGGCCUCCCCCCAAAUUGUCCAGUCCUCCUAAGAAGCUCUGGAAGCUUCUGAUCCUGUUCAGCCUUGGGACCUGUCCUGCAUAGGAGUAAGGUCCCUGUGCCUCUCACUGCCUGAUUGCUUGGUGCCUGGGAUCCCAGGCCUGGAGACAAAAGGUCUACAGCUGCCCCCUCUUGGAGCCCUGACAUUAAAGUUCAGAGAUUCUGUGGCUGA